AUGGAAAAUAACCAAGAAAUAAGGCUUAUUACCUCUGAGCGUGGUGGAAAUUUAAUUGUUUUUAACAAACACAAACACCGUUUCAUUAGACGGAGAAAAGACAAUAUUGAGAAGUGGACAUGCACCAAUAACAAAUGCACAGCAAGUUUGUUAGUUGAAAAAGUUGAAAAAAAUGGUGAAAACCAAUUAUCUGUUAAAGAAGUUUUAGGUGAGCACUUUCAUUCUAUGAUAGCCACUUCAAAAAUUGAACGUCAAGUGUUAAGGGAAAAUUGUAAAAGGAAAGCAGUGGAAUCAGUUUCGACUAGACCAGUCAAAAUUAUUCGUACGGAACUCAUGAAAGGCAUUGACACUUCUGUCCUUCAACAUAAAGAUUUAAAAUCUGUUCGAAAAGCAAUUUAUUGCGAAAAAAGAAAAAUAUAUCCUGCUUUACCUAAGAAUCUUAUUGAGGCUGUUACUGAACUUCGAAAUAUGAAGACUAAUGAUGUUUUUAAAUAUAGAGAUCAACAAUUUAUUCAUGUACACGACGAAAAUAAUUUAAUUUGCAUUACGACUAGAGAUAAUCUAAAUUUUAUGGUGAAUUGCACAACUUUUUUGGCUGAUGGAACUUUUGAUUUUGCACCAAAUCAUUUUUUACAAAUGUAUACUAUACACUGUUAUCAAAAUAGAUAUUAUGUUCCACUAGUUUUCUUUUUCUUAGAAAAUAAAUCAAAAACAACUUACAUUGACAUGUGGAAUUAUUUAAAGGAUUUAUGCCUAAUAACUACGUCAAAAGUUUUAGAAAUUAAAUAUCUACAUUUAGAUUUUGAAAUCGGUGUACAUGAAGCUGUACGUGAAACAUUUCCCGGUGUUACGAUAUUUGGUUGCCGUUUUCAUUUAGCUCAAGCUUGGUGGCGUAAAAUUAAUGAAGACAAAAUUUUAAAGAAUGCCUACAAAGACAAAAAUAGUGAACUUGGUAAUUGGCUGAAAAUGUUUUUCGGACUCCCAUUCCUGCAACAUACAGACGUAGAAGAUGGUUUUAUACAGCUAAUGGCGUUAUGUCCAAAUGAAUUAAAUGGUCAUAGAUUUGCUGAUUAUAUUUUAAAAACAUACGUUAAACCAGAUUGUUUAUUUCCACCAGUGGUAUGGGCAAAAGAACCAUCUCAACAUCCUAGGACUACUAAUGCCGCAGAAAGUUUCCAUCGGACUUUUAACAGACAGUUUUAUUGCACACGUCCACCUAUAUACGCUGUCAUACAAACGUUACUCGAAACCCAGGAAGAAACGUCUUUAAAACUCCAUACAAUUCAACAGGGUACUAUUCAAAAGGCAUCCAAAUCAGAAGAAGAAAAAAUUUCAAAAACAAUACAGUCAUAUAGUAACUACUGCCAAAAUAAAUCUUAUGAAGAAUUAAUAAAAUAUUUAACGCAUCUGGGAAAUCUAUAUAGGGGAAUUGAAUUGUGA